UCCUUCUUCUCUCUCUAUUUUCUCCCAGCCUUUCCGCAAAAGUCUGCUUGGCGAAGCUCAACACGAUGGCAUCUUCGACCGCCAGCGAGAGUCUCAGCGCAAUGUCCUCGCAAGCAUCGCACCAGCAGCAGCACCAGCAGCAGUGGUUGGGGCAAGAAGCCAGACCCACCGCUGACGUGCCCAUGUCUGAUCCUGCGUCGGACGCCCCGCAGUUCCCCGUCGCGCCGGCCGCUUCAGCAGCAUCGGUGCGCCCAGAAGAGCCCGUUGUGGGGUCUUCAGCAUCCAAAAACACCGCCGCUGCUCUUGGAGAGGAGGAAGCAGUGUCCGAAGGGCCACAAGACGAGGCUGAAAACGAGGCAGAGGUCGAAGGUCUGGACUUCCUCACCCCUGGCGAGAAAGCAAAGAAGGCAGGCGCAGCAGCAAAGGCUGGUGAACCCUCGUCUUCGAUGCCAAAAGCGGCGGCGGAAAAGGGAGAGGUGGUGGCGAGAAAAAGAAAGCCAAAGGCCAAGGCCGCAGAAUUGGGUGAAGAAGACUCCGGAGAAGCAGCAGCAGCAGCAGCAGCGGCACCGACAGCGAUCAAGAAAGGAAAAGGGCCGGGUAGUGGGGCUGCAAAGGGGAAAGUGAAGGCUGCAGGAGCUGGAGCUGGAGCAGCAGGAGGCAAGAAGUCUAAAGCGACAACAGCAGCAGCUGCUGCUGCUGCCGAAAGUGCUGGGCAGGGCAGCAGUAGCGCCGGGCUGGGGGAUAUGUCGAUGAUGUCGACAAUGUCCACAAACCAGACAAGCACACCGGGUCAGAGCAUCUUCCCACUCACAAGAGUGGCUAGGAUCGUCAAGGCUGAUCGUGACGUUGAGAUGACGUCGAAAGAUGCCAUCUAUGUCAUUGCUAAAGCCACCGAACUCUUUAUUAAACACCUGACUGACUCGGCCUACACCAAAGCACGCCUCGACAAGAAGCGCACCAUCACGUACAAAGAGCUGGCAUCUGCCGUUCACACCCAGCCCGAAUUCUUCUUUCUGCCAGAGGUGGUGCCGCAGCCGAUCAGCUUAAGCAAGGCCCUGGCAAAGAGGAAAGAGAUGGCGGAUCGGGCGUAUAUGCGCGAGGCGGGGCUCUUGGACGGCGAGGAGGAGCGCGAGCCAGACGAGGAACCAGAACAGCACCCCGUAGCCGGCGAGCGAAACGACGACGACGAUGACGAGGACCUGCCAGAUCUCGAGGAUGGCCUAUCGAGCGCACAGAAACGGGGCGGAUUGUCCGCAAGCAACUCGGCCACGGGCUUGACAAAUGGCGCUCGCAAGAGGCAGAGCGACGUCCAGGAGGUCCGAGGAGAUGGCAUCAUCUUGGGUGUCGACGAGGACGGCGAUACGCCCAUGGAGAGCGACGGUCCAAUCUCAGCCAACGGUCAGCACCCGAUCGACGAAGAACUAAUCUGAGAUGUAGCGGGGCACAUCAGUUCGAUAUCUCGAUGUGGCCAAUGCUAUCUGGAUUGAUUGAAGUGAAGAUG